CGUAACUCACUAUCAGGCAUGCAGCUUCCGCGUGUCUGGCCUGCGUUUUGGCUACGGGCUUUGUCUCGUCGCGCUACACCCUCGCGUCGUACAGCGCAAUUGCGAGUUGGAAACCCAGCUUUUGUGGCGCUUGCGCAGACUUGCCGACUAUUGUUUGGGUUUGCUGGCCAUUUGCAAACACCAAGAGACAUCAUUACUAGCAUUAUCCUCCUCCCCUCUCCUCCUAUAUACCCCUUACUGCAUCGACUCAAACAACUUCGCUGACCCUCUUCAAUCGGGACUUCCAUUCUAUCACCGACUGCAUCUUUCACUAAUUGAGACUCGUCGAUAAGCGGAGAGCAUUGCAAAGCAGGCAGUGGCACACGAAUUGGAGUGAGCUACAAGGGUACCACCAGCAAUGGCGGACCACAAGGCAACAUCCGCGGCCGGCUCAGACGCGGAGGUGUUCCUGUCUGCUUCGGAGGACGAGUCAGUGCAGCAGGAGAUUACGCCGGAGCUUCUUUCCGCGCUCGUGAAGCAGGUUGAGUUUUACUUUUCUGAUGCUAACCUACCCACGGACAAGAAACUGCUCAAGCAGAUCCGCAAGGAUCCUGACGGCUUUGUGCCUGUCAAGCUGUUCGCCAACUUCCGCAAGGUGCGGGCCCUGUCCAAAGACGUGGCUAUUAUUACCGAGGCGCUGCGCAACGCCAAGCUGCUGCAGCUGUCGGAGGACGGCAAGCGCGUGAAGCGCCUGGUAGCGGUGCCUGACUACGACAUCUCCGACAUCCAGCGCCGCACUAUCGUGGUGGAAAACCUGCCGGCCCUGCCGAGCCCCACCAUUGAGAGUGUGACGGACAUGUUCCGCAUGUACGGCCGCGUCAAGCUGGUCCGCAUCUGCAGCCGCGAGUCCAAGGGCAAGCUUCCCAGCUGGCUGACGAGCUCGUGCCAGAACAUGCAGGGCCAGCACGCGUACGUGGAGUUUGAGGACGAGGAGGGCGCGGUGCUGGCGGCGGCGGCGCUGGCGCAGGAGUACGACGCCCCCGAUGGCGCCGUGCAGGUGCGCCGCCUGCUGGCGUGUAUAGCCGAGCACCGUGAGCGCCGCAGCGGCGCCGGCGCCAGCAGCUUCGGUGGCAGCAGCGUGCAGGGCGGCAUGAGCGGCAGCCGCAAGGGCAGCCGCGACGUGUCGCCCAACCGGCCCGCCGCCGCCAGCAGCCGCCGCAACAGCCACGGCGGCAUGUCCUCGGGCGGCGCCACCAUGACCAACACCUCGUACGGCGGCGCCUACUCGUCCUGCGGCGGCGCCAGCAGCCACGGCGGCUGGGCGUCCAUGGGCGGCGCCGCGCCCGCCGACUUCGGCCAUGCACACCUGCACGUUCCGCACCACCACCACUCGUACGGUGGUGCGUAUGAGCACUUCGGCGGUAGCCGCCGUGGCAGUGGUGGUGGCGCGCCCUCGUGCGGCGGGGCCGCCCUGCCGCCGCCCCCUCCGCCCCCCCGCCGCAGCUGUGACAGCGCCCCCGCAUCGGAGCUGCUGCACUCGGCUCUGGUGGCGCCCCCGCCCCCGCCGCCCCCGCCCCCGGCUCACGCCCCGGCGAUGCCCCUGCCCGUGCCGUCAGCCGCCGCCGCGCCUGCACCCGCGCAGCCGCCGCGCCUGAACAUCUACCGCCCGCCUGCCAAGCGGCUUUCGGAUGGCGUGUCGGGCGUGCCUGCGUCCGCGGCCUCGCCCCUGCUCCGCUCCUCGGGAGGCAGCUUCACCAGCGGCGGCAGCAGCCACUGCGGCAGCGCUGCCAGCAGCCUGGUUCCUAGCGCCGUCAGCACGCCCACCGUGGCGUCGCAGCUGGCGUCGCACACGGCGCCCCUGGUUGCCGUGUCGCCGCCGCUGGCCUCGCGCCCCAUGGCUGUGUCGGCUGGCGGCAAGCCGCCCGUGCCACACGCCGCGCACGCUAAGCCUGAGCCGGCUGCCGCGCUACCCGGCAACGCCCUGGCUGAGGCCAUUGCCGCCGCCGCCGCCGAGCGCCGCGCCUCUGAGGCUGGCGCCAAGGCGCCCGAGGCUGCAGUGGCCGCCGCCCCGCGCGCCCCAAUUUCAGUGGCGGUUGCCGCCGCGCCGUCGGCGCCCAAGUUCGUCCUGGACUUGCCCGCCGGCGCCUCGGCCCGCCGCUCCUCGCCGCCUGGCACGGCCUCGGGCGAGGCUGCGGUCGUGAGCCCUAGUGGCGCGCCUUUGGCGCCCAAGAUGCUGCGCGCCGCGGCACCCGCCGGCGCCAUGCCUGUGGCCGCCGCCGCCGCGCCGGCCGCGCGCGCCACGCAGAUGGUUGCGGACGUGGAGGGCUUCAUCAACAACAUCCUGGCCUCGUCCAUUCCUACGCCCCGCAACACCGGGGCUGCCGCGGGUGGCAAGCCCGCCGUGCGCAAGCAGCCCGCGCCGAAGCAGCUCGCGUCGCCGAUGCACCCCCAGGACGCCGCCACCGCUGUCGCGGGCAUUCUGGCGUCGGCGCUGCGCAGUAAGGCCUCGUCUGCGGCGGCGCCCGCCGCCGUUGCCCCCAGCGCUGCCGCACCGGCCGGCCCCAUGAUCUUCCUGACCGCGGUCAUGGACGGCGGCGACAUUGCCGCCGCCGACCUGGAGCACGCCGUCACCGUUAGCGUGCACAUGCCUGCCGCCGCGGCGCCGAAGUCGGCCGCCACCACCCCGGCCAAAGGUGCCGGCCACUCGGCCGUGCCCAAGCACAGCCCCAGUGCGGCCCUGCGCUCCAGCGGGGGCGGCCUGACGGUGGGCUCGACCUCGCCGGUGCUGGCCGCCGCGGCGUCCGUCUCGGACGGCGGCGCGGCGGGCUCUGGGCACGUGACGCCAGCGUCGGCCAUGGUGCAUGUGGCGCGCGGCCCCGACGGCUCCCGUGGCUUCGGCCGCCGCGGUCUGGUGGCCUAAGCAGCGGAGUGGAUGCAUGUAGCGGCGCCGUAUCUUAGUUGCGUUUGUUUGGUAUGGUACCGGUGUCGUUAACUGCACUGAGGAUGUUUGUACUAACUGCAGGGUUGGAUUGGUGUUGUUUCAUGCAAGCGAGCAUCGUGGCUUGAUGCCGGAUUCCGUUUGAGGUCUGCAAGCGCAACAGGUGCUUGCCGGGGCUGCGGAAUGGUUUGGCCACAACGCGAUGUUGUGUGCGUCCCAUGCAUGUGGUGUGAUACUUGAGUUAGAAGUAACGGCUGCUAGUAGCCACCGCCAGACUCUAGAGAGAGGGGUUGUAGAGUAGCCAAGGCUCGCAGGUAUCCUCUCGGGUGUGACGCAAGGUGCGAUGUUAGCAGAGCGCGGCUGCACAAGUGCGCGCCUAGAAGCAAUGUGAUGGAGGCGGCAGGGUCUCCUUAGUCUUUAGCACAACGAUAGUGCGGUUGGCGCGGCUGGGUUUUGCGUCCAUCUCUUUUCUGCUGAUUUAUUUCUUUUCUUAGCUCUACAUUAAUUGAACCUCUAGCUCUUUUACCUAGACUCCUCAUAGAUAGACCCUGCGGGGGCUGAGGAACCACUCUUUCUCCAACGUUAGAUGGCCGAGACCGGCGUGCGCGCACAACAGUGCAGUUGUAAAGUUGAUGAACG